GGACUCCGACAAAGACCCUCCAACCUUAUGCAGUGCCGGAACAGAAGCAGCCAAGAAAAUGCAAGAAAGCAAGGGUGCAUCCAAGAAAAUGCAAGAAAAGAAAGCAAGUGUCAGAUGAUGAAUACUCUCAACCCAUGAGUCUCGUAGGUGGUAAAAGAGCUGGUAAGGUCCUCCGAUCGAGCGAAAGGGUAAGGAAUGGGGAUGAGGCACAAAGUUCUGGGAAUCAACGAACAAUCAUCUCUUGGCUGAUAGACAACAAUGUGGUGCAUUCAGAAUCCAAGGUAUUCUGUUACAGUAGAAAUAAUGUGGUGAAAAAUGGGAGGCUAUUGCAUUGUGGAAGAAUAGCUUGUGAUUGUUGUGGUUCGGUUUUCUCCAUCGCUAAAUUUGAGGCUCAUGCUGAUUGUACAAAGCACAGACCAUCUGCCAGUAUCUUCUUGGAAGAUGGAAGGUCACUGUUAGAUUGCAAAAGAGAAGCACUGAGUUCGCAACAAAAAAAGAAUGAUGUUCUGAUGCAGAGCGAAAGUGGUUAUGAAGACAGGAACAACAACAUUUGUUCCAUUUGUAGUUAUGGGGGUAAUCUAAUGCUAUGUGACCGAUGUCCAUCCUCAUUCCACCUUAGUUGUCUUGGUCUUGAGAAAGUUCCUGAUGGUGAUUGGUUCUGCCCCCCAUGCUGCUGCAAAAUCUGCAACCGACCUUCAUGCAUAGAAGAUUGUGCAGAUAAUUAUCCGGAUAACUGUUUUCUCUUCUGUUAUCAAUGCGAGAGCAAAUUUCACCUUGGAUGCGCAAAUAAUAAUAGCUUUUGCAGUGUUGAUUGUGGGGAUAUAUUUUCCAGUCUACAGAAAAUGAUAGGAAAACCAAUUCCAGUGGGUGAGGAUAACCUAACUUGGACAUUGUUGAAGACCGUGAAAAGUGAUAACUGUUGCGAAGAUCUUGAGAGCUUAAGUCAAAUUGAAAGCAAGCUGAGUAUGGCUCUUAGUGUAUUCCACGAGUGUUUUGAUCCAAUUAUUGAUGCUCUCACCGGAAGAAAUAUUAUAUCAGAUGUUAUUUUUAGUAGAAGUUCAGAACAUAAGCGUUUGAACUUUCGUGGGUUCUACACUGUGAUUAUGGAGAGUAAUGAUCAUGUGGUUUCUGCUGCAACCAUAAGGAUUUAUGGUCAAAAGGUUGCAGAGAUACCUUUUGUGGCCACUAGGAGGCAGUUUCGAAGACAAGGAAUGUGUAGCAUCUUGAUGAAUGAGCUUGAGAAGCAAUUGUGUCACUUAGGAAUUGAGAGGAUGGUUUUGCCUUCCACUGAUAGUGCGAUAGAGACUUGGACAAACUCAUUUGGCUUUGCAAGGAUGACAGAUUCUGACAAGUCUCAAUUGCUUGAUUAUGCUUUUCUAGACUUCCAUGACACCACUAUGUGCCACAAACCAUUGAUGAAAACUUCAAUGUAACAUUUUGAUAGGAUGUAAAGA